AUGUACAACCAGGAGAAAAUUAAGGUUUUCGUGCGCUGCAGACCUUUGAUCCAAAGGGAAAUUGAAGCUUCUUGCGAAAAACAGUGGAAAUGUGUUGGUAAGACCAUCCAACGCCGAAUUGCCAGUGGCGUCGCGAGGCAGCCCAGUCACUGCGCAUAUUCUUUCGACAACGUGUUCGAUGAGGACGACUCGAAUCAAACGAUCUAUGACGAAAGUUUUCGUGAGAUCAUUUGCGCGGCAAUGGAAGGCUUCAACGGAACGGUAUUUGCUUAUGGUCAAACAGCGUCCGGCAAAACACACACGAUAUCGGGUAAUAAAGAAGACCCCGGAUUGAUACAGUACGGUAUCGGCGAGAUUUUCAGCAUCAUUGAGAACGUAAGUGCCAAAAUGGGUUCAAGCGUUCUGUGAAA